ACAAUAACAAUUUCCGUCAGUUUGACUUGCAGCUCGCGACCGCGUUGAACUCACUUUUUUUUGUUUUUAGUCUAGGCUCAGGCGACAUUUUCAGAGUUUCAAAUUUGUAGAUGUCGAUGACCUCAUCAAAUUAAAAAAGAAACUAAUUUUGGAUAUACGCACACGUUUUAUUGCUUCAUUGGAUCUGUAAAAUUCAAGCUUGAGGCCCAAAGGGAGCUCGAGCGGCAGCUCAAAAAGUUUGUUGUUGUCACGUGACGAGAGACGAAUGUGGCGAUAAAAGUUUGUUUAUAUAGUAAAACUAGGUGGCGUACUUCAUUUUUAGAACACGUUGAACAACGUUUCCCUCGCAAUGCCUCAACCAAAAUAUCGAAAGAUUGCCGUUUUAGGUUACCGGUCUGUAGGAAAGUCAUCGCUUACAAUACAGUUUGUGGAAGGGCAGUUUGUUGACUCUUAUGACCCAACUAUUGAAAACACCUUUAACAAAAUGGUCAGUGUGAAUGGCCAAGACUUCAAUCUUCAGCUCGUUGAUACAGCUGGACAAGAUGAGUACUCAAUUUUCCCACAAUCCCAUUCAAUGGAUAUCCAUGGCUAUGUCCUUGUCUAUUCAGUGACUUCCAUGAAAAGUUUUGAAGUUGUUCAGGUUUUACAUGACAAGCUGCUAGACAUGGUUGGGAAGAUUCAGGUUCCAACUGUUCUUGUAGGGAACAAAAAAGAUCUCCACAUGGAAAGGGUUAUCAAACCAGAGGAGGGAAAAAAACUUGCUGAUUCCUGGGGUGCUGCAUUCAUGGAGUCUUCAGCCAAGGAGAAUGAGACUGCUGUAGAGGUUUUCAAGCGGAUUAUUUUGGAGAUGGAGAAAGCUGAUGGGAAUGCACCUCCAGAGGAGAAGAAGUGUGCUGUGAUGUGAAAGUGUAUCCAGGACAUCAUUAAGCUGAUUUACUGAAGACAGGAGGCACAACUUCACCAGCUGGCCAAUCAUGACCUCACCGAUACCAAGAUGCUGCAGUGGAACGUUUCUUUUCCAUUAUAUCAGAUUCAUUAACAUAGCAAAGCAACUGCCCAGACAGUUGAUACCCUAUCCCACUAAAUGUACACACAAGAAGAAGUUUCUAAAGCAAGAUUAAUCUCUGCUUUAGACAAGAAAACACCCUUAGUGAAAACUUUUCCUUUAAAAAAUGUUUUCAGGACAAAAUCUUGAUUUUGAGUUCAACUAAAUACUCAGCAAAAAAUAUAUCGGCAGAUGUAGUUGUAAUGUUUGAGACAUCAUUGCCAUGUGUCUCAUAGCUGACUUAAUGUACAGUGAAGGCUGGUUGACAACGUUUCUACAGACUCAUGUAUUAUUUCAGCAGAUCUAUGAUAGUAAUGCAGUCAAAAUUCACAUUGCUUUAAAUGUGUUAAAAUGUCACUAUUUCACACAAAUGGUUGAUUUCCUUGAACAUUAACGAGAUUUCAUAUCAGAAACCUGACUGUGGUUUCACAGUUAUUGUAAUUUUAACAACUUUUCUUCAGGUACCUUUCACCAUUGAACUUGUGAAGCUGUGCCGCCGUGAUGGGAGAGUCUGUUAUUGUAUAUUUAACAACUCAUUUUUAAGCUAUUCUGCUCUGCAGAUUGACCUCCAUUGUUUCUAUAGUUUAAUUUUUCCCUAUUAACUGUAAUAACAUUGUUAUGGACAGCACUUAGUAUAGAUCAGAAUAGAUCUUUGCUAUUUACCAAUAAUGGCCUUUUUAUACAAUAUAAAUAGAAUAUUAGAAAUUGGUUUGGUACUUUUGGUUAUAUUUGGACUGAUGGAUGUUUGUGCUGCCUAUAUUAUCGAAGUAGAGUACAAGCUUAUUUGUGCAUUAAAAUAAUGAACUUUGUUGAAUUUAAUUUUUAAAUUGCAUUUUAAUAUUGCAUAAGACUAUUUAAGUGGCAUAAUUCCACAAAGUUAGUCAUUUUUGAGUUUGUGGUUCAUUCAGGCUUGAUAAAACCAAACCAGUGUGUCAUGCAGCCUAUUUGACAAAUGGACAGUCAGAUACUUGAGAUCUUAAAUGAUUUUUUUUCAUAGAUUCUGUAGCCUUACAAAGACAUGGCAGGCUGCUGUUUCUUUUCAUAUAAGCCUCAUGUUGUACAUGUAGUGGAUAAUUCUAACUUUAUCAAGUGCUUUGCUUAAAUAGUUAAAUAAUGGAUGAAUAAUUAUAGUUGAACAGAAGCUGGUGAUGCUGUGUCUUGUGCCUUACAGUUGUUCAAACUCCCUCACCUACUUCCUUUCCUUGACUCAAGGUGCUCUUUAAGGUUUUUUUUUUUUUUUUGUUUGUGUUGAUUUGACACCACGGGUGCAGGUGUUGUACACCUGAACACCAUUAUUCCCUUUUGGGUCAAUGUUAAUUCAGAAAUCUUGCUGUAAACAGUUUUGUAAAUAAAUAAAUCUGUUACUCA